GCUCUCUUAUGGAACUUGUUAGUAUGGACACUUAACCUGAUUAAAGCAAAGUGUGGUUAUUGAAAGUACAAUUCCGAAAUGAUUGAAUCUUGCACGAAGAAGCGAAUGUUAUUAGGUAUUACAUUCUUAGGAGGACUAACAGUUCUAGCGCUAAUUAUCGAAAGCCACUGGACAAAUAGCUCGAGUAAGCUCUACGUCGACAAUUACGAGAAUAAUUCUUCCUGUGUCUCUGGUGAGGAGUACGAAGUGAUAUCCGAGUGCCAUCCAUGCACAGCUUUCGAAAUCGCCAGUGAAAGCAUUGGUGUUUGUGUCCAUGCGAGGUAUAAGGAAGUGCUGAAAUGUAAGAGUGGUGAAACUAUAACAAGAAGUUGUGACAAAGUAGCUUGGCUGGAGGAAAGAGCAUUUUGGAAAUUUGAAGGUUUCAUGUUCGCCGCGGCGAUCAUUUCUUGCUUCACUGUGUAUUGGAGAGAGAAUAUAUUAAGACAGAGAAUAAUCAGGAAAGUGGCAAGACAAUUGCGAAUUAGCGUGUGAAUGCAGUGAGUUAAAAACGUGAGUUUUAUUUUUUUAUCUCUUGUUUAAGAAAGAGACAUGGAGAAAGAAAUUAUAAGUGAGGUGUAUUUA